AUGUCGGCGACGUUUAACCAAACAACCGUUGUUGAGCAGACGAUUGCCACUGUCACACAACUUAAUAUCAACAAUUAUUGCAACACCGCUGCAAUCGCACUCAUACUAUUCGAAUAUUGGAUCACCUUUCCUGAUGAAAUCUAUCUAAUUUGGGAUGCUGGAAGCACCCUUGUAACAAUAAUUUUCUUCGUCAACCGAUAUCUACUCGUGUCAUUCGGAAUAGUUCUCGCCCUUGGCCUUUUGUUGAACACGCCGCUGGUAUGACACGGAGACUGUUGUUGCAUGAAAUAACGUUCAUUCUUGUGCAAUAGUUGCAAAGUCGUGAAUAUGCUGAUCCUUGUUCAGAAUACGGCCAUCUGUGCCCUUGUAGCAGUGUUCUCCGCUUUACGCAUGUAUGCAAUCAGCGGUCGCAAGCUCACGCUUACUCUGCUUGUGCUUCUUCUUGGGUCGGCGCCAUUGGUGAUAAAUCUAUACACAAAUGCAAGUCUAUCAUACGCUUGUGUCGUAUCAUUGAACGGUCCUCCGGUAUGCAGCUGGAGGCGAUCUUUUUCGCAGAAUCUGCAUCAAAGGUUGUUUAUCCUUGCAGGCGCAUGCUCCGUCGUUUCGGAUCUUAUCGUGCUCGUUACUACGUGGCUCCGCACGUUCAACGUUGUCAGAGAAGUCGGCCGGUUUAGAACUUCAGCAUCGUUGGGUCGACUUCUGUUACGGGAUGGUUCCGCAUAUUUCAGAGUUAUGACAAUAUUGGGUAUAAUGGAAGUGACUAUCGAAACUUUGAACACCAAUGCUCAGACAGAUUGGCCAUAUCUCGGAUUCUUACGUUUAUCGCUUUCGUCAAUCUUAAUAUCGCGGUUCAUCCUGGGUCUACGACAAAUCAAAAGCAACGCACGCAACAACUCCUCGCAAAUCGCGCCCGACGUUUAUGGUACAAAUAGCCAUGGGACACGAUUUAUUGAGGAAACGAGUGCCGAUCUCCAUUCUGACUCUUUUGGAGGCUUCUCUACUGUGAUCGUAUUCGAUGAUUGGGGCGACCAAGACGACGUGCUGGGCAAUGAUGAGAUAGAGGAGGAUGCUGGGCCGAGCUCGUAGAGAGAUUCAAUCAUUCGUCCGGUCGGAGACUCCGGUAUCACCUAUGUGCAUGGACUUCGAUGUCAGGCAAGGCGCAGACGAGGGAUUAAAAAUGUACAUGAGGAUGUUGUCGUGAUUGUAAUAGUCCGCCCGCGCGCCCGCGCGUAACGUUUGUCCAAGG